GUUUUUGAAACAUGAGUCCUUCAAUCUUCCUGAAUCUCCUUUGCCUGGGAAUAGCCUCAGCUGUUCCAAAAGCUGAUCACGGCUUAGAUGCACAAUGGAACCAAUGGACAGCAACACAUGGAAAACUAUAUAACGAGACUGAAGAAGGAUGGAGGAGAGCAGUGUGGGAGAAGAAUGUGAAAAUGAUUGAACUGCACAAUCAGGAAUACAGCCAAGGGAAACAUAGCUUCACCAUGGCAAUGAAUGCCUUUGGUGACAUGACCAGUGAAGAAUUCAGGCAGAUGAUGAAUGGCCUUCAACACCAGAAGCACAGGAAGGGGAAAGUGUUCCAAGAAUCUCCCUUUGCUGAGAUCCCCCCAUCUGUGGAUUGGAGAAAGAAGGGCUAUGUAACUCCUGUGAAGGAUCAGGUAUGACAGUAUGCAGCAGAUCCCUCUCCAACAGCAAAACCAUAAAGGAGUUGGUGUCCUU